AUGUCUUCGGACACGAUACAACGAAUUUUGCCUAUCAACGGAGCAUUUCUUCGGCUGAUGCAGCCUGAUCAAUUGGAGAAACUGUAUGAAUUGCUCGAAUUGAAUCGAGAUUAUCUUCGUGAACACAUCCCAGGUAUUGAUUUAAUUCGAACUCGAGAAGAUCUUCAAAAACGAUGGAUAACGAAAAAGAAAAAUUCCCUGCAAUUCGGACUCUGGCUUGACGAACUACUAGUCGGUCGAUGUCGAUUGACACGAGAUGAGAAUUCGUCUUCUGCUGAUAUUGGUUAUUGGUUGUCGAAGUAUCAUCAAGGUCAUGGGUUGAUGACCGCGUCUGUAAAAGACUUAGUUCAAUUCGCUUUCGAAGUCUGGAAUGUGCGACGAGUGGAAAUUCACUGUGGUGCCAAUAAUCUCAAAUCUCGAGCCAUUCCAGAAAGACUUGGAUUCAUCAACGAAGGGAUACUACCGAAUGACCCCGUUAUUCCACUACGUGGUUGUUCAGCUGACAUUCAUCCAAAUGCUCGUUGGAAACAAAAUGGCCUCACUGUAGCUGGAGGAAAUGAACAAGGCAAUGGAAUCAAUCAACUCUCGAACCCAUCGGGUUUGCAUGUUGAUGAUGAUCAAACUGUCUAUAUCGCUGAUCCACCAAAUCACCGUAUUGUAGAAUGGAAAUCGGGUGCGACGAGUGGCCAAGUGGUUGCCAGUGGAAAUGAAGAAGGAAGUGGGACUCAUCAAUUGUCUCGUCCCCCACAAUACGUAUUCGUAUAUCGAGAUCAUUCAGUGUACGUAUCUGAUUGGGGAAAUCAUCGUGUGAUGAAAUGGAUGGAAGGUGCAAAAGAAGGCACUACCGUGGCCGGUGGUCAAGGCAAAGGAAAUGGUCUUACACAAUUGUCAUCUUCUGAAGGAGUCGUUAUCGGUCAAUUGGACACUGUCUAUGUGGCUGACUAUUGGAAUGCUCGAAUCAUGUGUUGGCUCAACGGAGCCACACAGGGAAGUGUGAUUGUGGGUGGAAACGGUGCAGGCGAACAAUCGAACGAACUCAGUGGACCCGAAGGUUUAUUAUUCGAUCGACACGGUAAUUUCUAUGUCGUCGAUUACGGAAAUCAUCGAGUACAAAAAUUCAAUAUUGGAUUCAAUGGAUAA